ACCUUUUGAAGUCAGGAGUCUUCCACAGAUUUGGCUGAGCAAGAUCAUCUGUCUCUGCCUGUAACAUGGGGGUAACGAGAGGGCUGGUAUAGAGGAGCCCAGGUGAUCAACGAGGUCAUGGACGUAUGAGCCUUGCCGGAGUUGUGUUGACAUCUGGAUCACUUGGGAAUCCUGGUGCUCUGACUGCUGCCCCAGCCAAGGAAACUCAGCGGUUAUGUAGGAUUCCUGCUAGAGGUUAAUUACAUGUCUAUGGAAUGGUGAGCUGUUGAACCUUAUCUUCUUUGAACCUACCAUUGUUCUCCACAAGGUCUUCUAAAGGUCAAACAGAAUGAUUGUCUGAUGGCUGGCUGGACAGCCUGCUGAAUGGUUGAAUUGCCUCCAUCUUCGGACCACACAGGGGAGAUUGUCCCUGGAGCUAAAACACUGAUCACAGUCAUCUUGUGGCCUGACCUGAUUGAGGUUGAAUGCAUUUGGGAACUUGAUGCAUAAAAUUUGCAUGACUCCUCACUCCUUUCUGGAUCUGUCGUUGGAUUCCAGCCAGCAUGGCUCACACCACAAAGGUUAAUGGCUGUGCAUCAGGAAAAGCCGAGGGUGUUCUGAAUGGAGAUCAUGACAAGGAACAGAAAGAUCCUUAUUUUGUGGAGACCCCCUACGGUUAUCAGCUAGACUUAGACUUCCUCAAGUACGUGGAUGACAUACAGAAAGGAAACACCAUCAAGAAACUGAACAUCCAGAAGAGGCGGAAGCCAUCAGUGCCGUGCCCAGACGGCAGGGCGGCGCCCGGCCAGCAAGGUGUAUGGACUUCCACAGAAUCCCUGUCCUCCUCCAACAGUGAUGACAACAAGCAGUGCCCCUACUUCCUCCUCGCCAGAAGCCAAGUGACAUCGACGCCAAUCCCAAGGCCCCCUGCCCCUCUGGAGGCCUCGCCCACUUUUCUUACCAUCCCGGAGAGCCGAGAGCCGCCACCACCCUCACCACAGCUCCCGAAGCACAACCUUCAUGUCACCAAGACGCUGAUGGAGACCCGGAGGAGACUGGAACAGGAGAGAGUCGCCAUGCAGGUGGCACCGGGCGAGUUCCGACGGCCCAGGCUGGCCAGUUUUGGAGGCAUGGGCUCCACGAGCUCGCUCUCCUCCUUUAUGGGUUCUGGAAACCACAAUCCCGCCAUGCACCCACUUCAGAACGGGUACCAAGGCAACGGGGAUUACAGUGGCUAUGCCCCGGCUCCUGCCACCACUUCGUCCAUGGGGAGCUCCAUGCGCCACAGCCCCCUGAGCUCCGGGAUCUCCACCCCAGUGACCAACGUGAGCCCCAUGCACCUGCAGCACAUCCGCGAGCAGAUGGCGGUCGCCCUGAAACGCCUGAAGGAGCUCGAGGAGCAGGUGCGAACCAUCCCCGUGCUCCAGGUAAAGAUCUCAGUCUUGCAGGAGGAGAAAAGACAGUUGGCCUCGCGGCUGAAAAACCAGAGAGCCACAGCCCAGAACGACAUCGGGGGCAUGAGGAAGCGGUCCUACAGCGCUGGGAACGCAUCCCAGCUGGAAGAGCUCUCCAGGGCCCGGCGAGGCGGCGGGGAAUUGUACAUCGACUACGAGGAGGAGGAGAUGAGGAGCGUAGAGCAGAGCACGCAGAGCAUCAGGGAGUUCCGGCAGCUCGCAGCGGACAUGCGGGCCCUGGAGCAGAAGAUCCAGGACAGCAGCGGCGAGGCCUCCUCGGAGCUCCGGGAGAACGGGGAGUGCCGGUCCGUGGCCGUGGGCGCCAACGAGAACAUGGACCACGUGGUCGUGUACCGCAGGGGCCCCGGGGCCUGUAGGGACGCCGCUGUGGGGACCGUCACUGAGACGAGGAGCUCCGGGGUCGGCGUGACGGAGGCCAUGCUGGGACUGAUGACGGAAGCUGACAAAGAAAUCGAGCUGCAGCAGCAGACCAUAGAAGCCCUGAAGGAAAAGAUCUACCGCCUGGAAGUUCAACUGAAGGAAACCACGCAUGACCGCGAGAUGACCAAGCUCAAGCAAGAACUGCAGGCCGCUGGGUCGAGGAAGAAGGUGGACAAAGCCGUGACGGCCCAGCCGCCUGUCUGCAGCAAGAUGGUGGAGGCCGUGGUGCCCACGAGAGACCAGAUGGUGGGCCGCCACGUGGACGUGGCCGACACGGGCGUCGGGACCUCCAUGCACACGCGCAGCGUGGCGGUCUCCUGCCAGCCCGUGUGUGAGAGUAGAGCCGCGGGGCCUGAGCUGCCCCUGAACUGGUGGGUUGUCAAGGAACGGGUGGAGAUGCACGACCAGUGUGCCGGGAGGUCCGUGGAGACGUGCGACAAGAGCGUGGGGGUGGAAAUCAGUAUCUGCGAAACAGGCAGCAACACGGAGGAGUCUGUGAAUGACCUCUCGCUCCUCAAGACCAACCUGAAUCUCAAAGAAGUGCGAUCCAUCGGCUGCGGGGAUUGUUCUGUCGAUGUGACCGUCUGCCCUCCGAAGGAGCGCACGUCGCGGAGCGUGAACACAGAGGCUGUUAGCCGGGGCGAGGCCGCUGUCAUGGCGGUGCCUCUGACCACCAGCCAGCACACCAGUAUGGCUUGGGGACAGGUGGACCAGUCCACCAACACCGAGACGGCCACCCUCGUGGACUCCAGCACCAGCACCUCCCUCAGCACUUUGGACAAGCAGACCAGCACCCAGGCUGUGGAGAUGCGGACCGUGGCCAUCGGGGAAGGCCGUGUGAAGGAUGUCAACUCCUCCGCCAAGAUGCGGUCCAUCGGCGUGGGAACAGUGCUGUCUGGCAGCUCCGGCUUUGACAGGCCUUCGGCUGUGAAGACCAAAGAGUCAGGCGUGGGGCAGAUAAAUAUUCACGACAACUAUCUGGUUGGUCUCAAAAUGAGGACCAUAGCUUGUGGUCCUCCGCAGCUGACUUUGGGGCUGGCAGCCAGCAGGAGGAGCGUAGGUGUUGGGGAUGAGCCCGUUGGAGAGUUCACGGAGAGCCCCCAGCCCCAGGCUCCUUCUGGCACGAUGACCGGCUUGGACCACUACAUCGAGCGCGUCCAGAAGUUACUGGCAGAGCAGCAGACUCUGCUGGCUGAGAACUACAGUGAACUGGCAGAAGCUUUUGGGGAGCCACACUCACAGAUUGGCUCUCUGAACUCGCAGCUCAUUAGCACCCUGUCCUCAAUCAACUCUGUCAUGAAGUCUGCAAGCACGGAGGAGCUGAGGAACCCUGACUUCCCCAAAAUGAGCCUGGGUAAAGUUACAGGUAUGUGGCGUUCCGAGGGACCGGGGGAUGAGGACAGAUGGGGAUAGUGUACUUGCAGGAGGUAUGGAUUUUUUUCACCUGCUAGAACCAUUUUUUGAAACCCUGGAGGAAGCUUUAGAAUGGUCAUGGGUAGAAUGAACACCAAGAAUCAAAAUUCAUAAGGAGCUCUGCUGAUUCCCGUUGUCUGGUGGUUUCACUGGCCUUGGGCUGAUGGGAGCAGAAAAG